UGGUCCAUUGCACCUGUGGAAUAUAAAGAGUCCAAAGAGCCUCGAUUUGACACCAGGACCUACGGAAAUCAGAGGGUCAGGAAGAGAAAACAAGUCAGGAAAAUGCUGGCCUUGAAAGUUCUCCCCCUCUUCCUUGCCUCUCUGAGCCUCGUUCUGACAGAGGAGAACCGCACCAGUGGAAACAUGAAGAGUCCCAGCAGCAGAGUUUUGCAGAGACGUUAUUCUGAGGCCAUUUUGGCUAGCGAUUAUAGCCGCACCAUAGACAACAUGAUCAAGAAGAACUUUGUGGAAUGGUUGCUGGCCAGGAGAGAGAUGAAAAAUGAUAACGCAAUUGAUCCCUACAAGAGGGAAGCUGAACCCCAAAUAAACAGCUAUGGCUUGGAGCUGGGCUCCCAGCAAGCUAAGGACUUCUUUGUCUGGCUUCUAAAAAACAAAAGAAAGCAGAGUUUUGCUUUUCCAGAAGAUUCUGAUGUCCCAAAGGAUGCUCUGAGCCAGGAGUUAUUGGCAUGGCUGAUUUCUGCUGAUCCCCUCAGACCAAGAACUCAAUAACACAGAACCCUACGGAGGAGCCGCCUGUGCCUACUUACCCUUGAGAUGUUAACAAGGAAGGGGAAUUUGCUUGUCACCUCGCUUGGUGUUCAUUCUACUCUGUGCACAUUGUGAUCUUUGCUGCUGUGAGCAAUAAAGAAUUUUGUC